UUACUUACCGUUUUGGUCCCUGACAGCAAAAACCCUGUCAUCUCUCUCUCCUCUUAAAACCCUUCCACUCGACUCCAGCCUCCUUCUUCAGUCUUCACUUUCCCCAUUUUCUCUCUCCUCCCACUUCUUCAAUUUGCAGACAUUUCUAUCAUUAUCUUCCUCAACCCAUUUCUUUAAACCCUAAAAAAAAUGGGUUAUUGCAUGCAUCAAUUUUCCGACAAAUUGAUUUCACCUUCACUCCCUAAACCCCAAAAUCCCUACUUUUCAAAAUUAACCCCUUCUCAAUUCACCCUUUUUCAAUUCAAAAACUCUUUGUUUUCAUCCUCUUCUGCUCUGAGUUUGCGUCUUCAUCCUUCAGUUAAACAGUUAUGGAGUUUAAAAAAUAGGGUUGCUUCAAUCAGGAGUGAAAAUGGUGGUGUACCAAAAAACCCAGAAAAAACUGUGCAAAAAACUGGGAAAAGAACUGAUUUGAAGAAGAUUAUGAUUCUGGGUGCAGGACCAAUUGUGAUUGGACAAGCUUGUGAGUUUGAUUAUUCAGGUACACAAGCGUGUAAAGCAUUGAAAGAAGAAGGGUAUGAAGUUGUUCUGGUAAAUUCUAACCCUGCUACUAUUAUGACUGAUCCUGAUUUAGCUGAUAGAACUUAUAUUACACCAUUAACUCCUGAUUUAGUUGAACAAAUUUUGGAAAAAGAAAGACCUGAUGCUUUACUUCCUACAAUGGGUGGACAAACUGCUUUGAAUUUAGCUGUUGCAUUGGCUGAGAGUGGGGCAUUGGAUAAGUAUGGGGUGGAGUUAAUCGGGGCGAAGUUAGAUGCUAUUAAGAAGGCUGAGGAUAGGGAGUUGUUUAGGGAUGCUAUGAAGAAUAUCGGCGUAAAGACGCCUCCUUCGGGUAUUGGAACUACUAUUGAUGAGUGUUUUGAGAUUGCUAGUAAGAUUGGGGACUUUCCUUUGAUUAUACGGCCUGCUUUUACGUUGGGGGGUACCGGAGGGGGGAUUGCGUAUAAUAGGGAGGAGUUUGAGGCGAUUUGUAAGUCGGGUUUGGCUGCUAGCUUGACUACUCAAGUGUUGGUGGAGAAAUCUUUGUUGGGUUGGAAGGAGUAUGAAUUGGAGGUUAUGAGGGAUUUAGCUGACAAUGUGGUUAUUAUAUGUUCUAUUGAGAAUAUUGAUCCUAUGGGAGUGCAUACAGGGGACUCCAUUACGGUUGCCCCUGCUCAGACUUUGACUGAUAAGGAGUACCAGCGGCUUAGGGAUUACUCCAUUGCUAUUAUAAGGGAGAUUGGAGUUGAAUGUGGUGGUUCGAAUGUCCAGUUUGCGGUCAAUCCUGUGGAUGGAGAAGUGAUGGUCAUUGAGAUGAAUCCUAGGGUGUCCAGAUCAUCUGCACUUGCGUCUAAGGCUACUGGUUUUCCAAUUGCGAAGAUGGCUGCUAAGUUGUCGGUUGGCUAUUCUUUGGAUCAGAUUCCAAACGACAUUACAAGGAAAACUCCUGCAAGUUUUGAGCCUUCCAUUGAUUAUGUGGUGACAAAGAUACCUCGAUUUGCAUUUGAGAAAUUCCCAGGUUCUCAGCCAAUUCUAACUACUCAGAUGAAGUCUGUUGGCGAGGCCAUGGCCUUAGGUCGCACUUUUCAGGAGUCUUUUCAAAAGGCAGUGAGAUCUUUAGAACUCGGCUACUCGGGUUGGGGCUGCGGCAAGAUAAAGGAGCUGGAUUGGGAUUGGGAGCAGCUGAAAUACAAUCUCCGUGUUCCAAACCCCGAUCGCAUCCAUGCUGUUUAUGCUGUAAUGAAGAAAGGCAUGAAAGUUGAUGAAAUUCAUGAAUUGAGUUUUAUAGAUAAAUGGUUUCUUACCCAGCUCAAAGAACUAGUUGAUGUGGAGCAAUUCCUUUUAGCUCAAAAACUGCCUGAUCUGACGAGGGAUGAUUUCUAUGAGCUGAAGAAAAGAGGUUUCAGUGACAAGCAAAUAGCCUUUGCAACUAACUCGACAGAGAAAGAAGUCCGUGCUACAAGGUUGUUGUGUGGUGUUGCCCCAACUUACAAGCGUGUUGAUACCUGCGCUGCAGAAUUUGAGGCUAAUACUCCCUACAUGUAUUCCUCGUAUGAUUUUGAGUGUGAAUCAUCUCCUACUCAAAAGAAGAAGGUUUUAAUCCUAGGUGGUGGACCAAACCGUAUAGGUCAAGGGAUUGAGUUUGAUUAUUGCUGCUGCCAUACUUCAUUUGCCCUUCAGAUUGCGGGGUAUGAGACCAUCAUGAUGAACUCGAACCCUGAGACUGUAUCCACAGAUUAUGACACAAGUGAUCGGCUUUAUUUUGAACCUCUUACAGUUGAAGACGUUCUCAAUAUUAUUGACCUUGAACGACCAGAUGGCAUCAUUGUGCAGUUUGGCGGGCAAACCCCCUUGAAGCUUGCACUGCCUAUCCAACAGUAUUUGGAUGAGAACAAGCCUAUGAGUGCUAGUGGGGCGGGCCCAGUUCGCAUAUGGGGAACAUCACCCGACUCCAUUGAUGCAGCCGAGGAUAGGAAAAGGUUCAAUGCUAUCUUGGACGAGUUGAAGAUUGAACAGCCGAAGGGGGGCAUUGCAAGUAGUGAAGCUGAUGCUCUUAAAAUUACAGCGGAUAUUGGUUACCCUGUUGUUGUGAGGCCUUCCUAUGUCCUUGGUGGUAGGGCAAUGGAAAUAGUAUAUAAUGACGAAAAACUGAUGACUUAUCUUGAGAAUGCCGUUGAGGUAGAUCCAGAGCGACCUGUUCUCAUUGACAAGUAUCUCAUUGAUGCAGUUGAAAUUGACGUUGAUUGUUUAGCUGAUGCAUAUGGUAAUGUGGUCAUUGGUGGGAUUAUGGAGCACAUCGAGCAGGCUGGGGUGCACUCUGGUGAUUCAGCAUGUUUUCUCCCCACCAAAACUAUUUCAUCUUCGUCCUUGGAGACCAUCAGGUCUUGGACAAUGAAAUUGGCAAAACGUCUGAAUGUUUGUGGCCUAAUGAAUUGUCAAUAUGCCAUCACAACAUCAGGGGACGUUUUCUUGCUUGAGGCCAAUCCUCGUGCAUCACGCACCGUUCCAUUUGUAUCCAAGGCAAUUGGACACCCUUUAGCUAAAUAUGCUUGUUUGGUUAUGUCUGGGAAGUCUCUUGGUGAUCUGAAUUUCACGAAGGAGGUUAUCCCGAAACAUGUAUCUGUGAAGGAAGCCGUUCUGCCAUUUGAGAAAUUUUCUGGUUGUGAUGUGUUGUUGGGCCCUGAGAUGCGAAGUACCGGUGAAGUUAUGGGUAUUGCCUAUGACUAUUCCCUCUCUUUUGCUUUGGCCCAGAUUGCUGCUGGACAAAAGCUACCAUUUUCCGGUACUGUGUUCUUGAGUUUGAAUGAUUUGACAAAACCUCAUCUUCCUGCUAUCGCACGUGCUUUUCUAGGCCUCGGGUUCAGCCUCGUCUCUACCUCAGGAACAGCUCACGUUCUCGAAUUAGAGGGCAUACCUGUCGAGCGGGUGUUGAAGAUGCAUGAAGGAAGACCUCAUGCAGGGGAUAUGGUUGCAAAUGGGCAGAUCAAUUUGAUGGUGAUUACAAGCUCCGGUGACGAUAUUGAUCAGAUUGAUGGACGAGCUCUGAGAAGAAUGGCUCUAGCUUAUAAGAUUCCGAUCAUAACAACCGUUGCUGGUGCUCUAGUGACGGCAGAGGCAAUCAAGAGCUUAAAGUCUAGCCCUGUGAAAAUGUAUGCUCUCCAGGACUUCUUCCAAGACACAGCCGAAAGUGGUGCAUCUAAGAAAUUGCAGUCUGUAUCUUAAGCUUCACGACUAAUACUCUGGCGGUCGAGGUAGGUAAUAACUCCAUUGUCAAACUUGGAUGAGUUUAAAUAUCCUUUCUAAGUUAUUAUUUGAUGGUAACUGUAUUAUGUAUCAUAAAUUGAUGGUUGUAGUAUUAGUGAUUGAAUGUGGAUUUUUCGUUGCCCACAAAGUAGUUUGGGGCUAUUAACCUGUAAUUGAGGAACAAAUUUUGAUUUUCCA